AUGACUGUGAUUUUUGCUAAUAAGCAUCAAGCAGUCAGAGUUCAUCCGAGGCCACCAGAGUCCCUUCUGCUAAAAGGAAGAAAAGGAGAGCCUCUAAUCCUGCGUCCCUCUGUCGUACCACAGCCUUUUGUUCAGCUGCGCACUAAACAGCAGCUCAUGCAGAGUCCUGCGCCCAGUUUUCAGUCGGAGAAGCUGAACCUACAGAGUCCUGGCACUCUGAGGACACCAACGAGAGAGGGAGGCAAGAGGAAUGUUCCUCAGCUCAGUCAGAGCAGAGCGGUGAUGAUAGCGAUAAUUAUGAUGAUUGAGAUGAUGAAUCAGAGCACUUUGAGAGCCAAAGCGACAGUGAGGAAUUCAGCACAUCUCUUAUUUCUGGAAGGCUGA